AUGACAUGGCUUACAAACAUAUCACUAGUUACUGAAAAUUGCUGCCCAGUUGAUAGUAAUGCAGGAAAUUAUGAAUCACGAAAGUUCACUACCUCAACUUUUGGUCAUCUGACACACGAAGAUGCGACACAGUCGGGUAGAUUCUCUGCAGAAGAUGUGAACAUCAAAUGUCUGAAAAGGGUUUUCGUCAUUUUAGUCGGGCAAAGCAAAAAGGCAAUUUGUCACUUGCGUCAAAGUGCAAGGGGGAUUGUGGUAAUUUCUUCAGAGUAUGAAAUUCUCCGGAAGUGGAUAACGCUCAUUAAAUGCAGUGAAUAUAUUUCAUUUCAAAUGCCCACCUUAUCAAUGCGUUCGGUUAAUGUGUACUUGCAGAAGUUAUGUGCGAAUAUUGAGGGGUUGAUUUACCUCCCGAACCGGGAACAAUGGGAACAAGCCGAUGAAACUUCUAGUAGUAUCAAACAGGCACCAUUUUAUUCCUAUUUUCAUUUAAUCGGGUCAGUUUUAAGUCAUUGUUUGGCUUUCGAUGAAAGGAGCAGAAAUAACUCACCUUCUACGAAACCCAGUGUGCUCACCCUCACUUCUCUGCCAAAGGCGCUGAUGCAUUCACAUUUCACCAAUUCUCCCAUUUCAGUGCGUGCACCAACAGUGGCAGAAAUGGCAACACAUGCCUUAAUUUCAACUCAACAGGCCUUUAACAAUUGCAACUGUAUGCUACCCAGAGGCUGCCCACUUCUAUUAGAGUAUCAGAUGAUGGGAAACCACGACCAGCUCUCAAGAAAAUCUUGCUCUUUAAAUGCACUAGCUACUGACAAAUCAUCAAUUAAUCGUCCAUUCAUUUACCCCUUUACAACAACUGAUGCCGCAUACUGUCCAUGA